UGUGUGUGUGUGUGUGUGUUUAGUACUUGUGUCUGUGCACAAACAUCAGUCCUUCAACAAACGUUUGUGUCAGAAAAUCUUUCCAGAUUGUGAUUCUUUGUCUCUGGGGCCUCUGUGUGUGUUUUGUGUAGUUUUUUUCAUGUGACUUUUGUGUUCACGAAAUUACUAACAUGUGUUGUGACUAAGUCUUCAUCACUGUCAGGCAUUAUCUUCAUCACCUCUGACAUCAUCCUCCUCCUUUUCGGUCCCUCCGCCAACAAAAUGGCUCUUGGGAGCGAACAGCACUGCGCAUGCUCACCACACCUCUGAGGGGGCGGGCCGGACAGGUAUGUGCUGUGGAGCCGCGUGUGAUCGGACAGACUCUCAGACUGCAGCGCGCGGCAGACACGGCCGCUGUCCGCUCCCACAGGCCCCCUCCGGAAGGUGAAUCGUGUCCGGACGCCGGCCCCCACCCCCGGGCCAGAGGGGCAGCGACGCUUCCAGCUGCUCCAAGUAGGGAUUUACGCGCAGCGUUUACGCACAGGAGAACCUGCGAGUGAUGGGCGAACCGGGACAUUGAGCUGCCGGUACCGGGACCGCGUGCCUCCUCCGCUUCACCUCCUCCUCCUCCUCCAGCGCAGCAUGUUCUCGCCCGGCAGCAUCAAGAAGGGCUUCACCAUCGAGGCUCUGGUCGGGAAAGAUGCGGGCGGCCGGGGCGGCUCCGGGGACGAGCCCAUCCGGCCCACCGCGCUCCGGUUCCCGGACCCCCUGCACGCGGCCUCUGCGACGGGGGUGUUCGGCUCGUGCUUCCAGGGGGGCAGCGCGAGGACUUUGUAUCCGGGCGGGCAAGACGUGGUUCUCCAGGAUCCCGGGACCCACGCGCAGGGCCCCGGCGGGCUGCCGCUGCACGCGCUGCAGAUCCCGCAGAGGUUCUUCAGCGCGCAGCCGCGGGACGCGCUCAGCUUCUACCCGUGGGUUCUGCGCAGACACAUCCUGGACCCCCGCUUCCAAGCAGAGGACAGCAGCCCGGAGAACCUGCUGCUUCACGGACCGUUCUCCAGGAAACCCAAACGGAUCCGGACAGCAUUCUCGCCCUCGCAGCUGCUGCGGUUGGAGCGGGCCUUUGAGAAGAACCACUACGUGGUCGGAGCUGAGAGGAAGCAGCUGGCCAGUGGACUGUGCCUGACUGAGACACAGGUGAAGGUGUGGUUUCAGAACCGCAGGACGAAGCACAAGCGUCAGAAGUUGGAGGAGGAGUCUCCUGAGGCGCAGCAGAAGAGGAAGGGCAGCCAACACGUGAGCCGCUGGCGAGCAGCCACACAGCAAGCCGCCGGCGAGGACGUGGACGUCAUCAGCGACGACUAGAGUCUGCGCAGACACGCUCUCUGCAGCUUGAGAUCAGAGAACCAUCAGGUCUGAACUGGCAGAACCGGGUCCAGAACAUUGAACAGAAACAGGACUUCCUCCAUUUCUCAAUCUGUAGACCAAAAAGCACCGUGUGGAACGCUCCUGCAGACUUCCUGGAGUCGGACUCACGGCUGACAUCCUCAGAAACCAUCUCAACGUUCCUCACAGCUCAUUUUCCUCCAGUUUUCCAAUGAGAACAUAUUUAUUUUCUGUAGAACCAACAACAAAUCCCACCGUUUCUGUUUCUUUUCUACCUGAAGUUUACCUGGACACCUCCAGAGGAUAAAGAUGACUCUGAGCUUCGGUCAAAUCUGACCCGCUGUUUUCUUCUGGACAGAACCUGGACACUCCUACAUGGAGAUCAGGACCUCGUCUCUCCCGAUCUCCUCUUUGACCUGAAGACGUUUGCUAAGAACCAGCAGGGCUGAACUUCUCGCUUCAUUGUGAAAAUAUUUAUGAAGAGGUGACAAGAACUGUUUCAUCUCAUUCUGACCAAGACUGAAAGAAAACAGGAGGAAGAUAAGCGUCUGGUCCUCCUCAUCCUCUGAGGAUCAUCUCUGAAGGAGCUCCUGCAGCUCCUCACUGCACCUCCUUUUCCCAUCAUGCAUCUCCAAACUCCUUCAUGGUUCCUGCUUCCUUAGCCCUUGUGCUAUCCUAGGCACUUUGACAUUGGGAGUUGGGUCAUCUAGACCCACUAGACAGUGCUCUGAACCUUUUUUCUUCAAUGAUUUGUGAUCUUCACUGGUGUCCAUGGAUUACAUGAAAUCUUUCCACCUUUAUCCACCUUUGUCAUGGUAGGGAGAACACGCCAAUGGAAGGGGGGGUCAUCUGGACCCCAUAGGAUAGCACAAGGGUUAGAUUCAGGCUGUGGCUGUUUGGUUCUCCUCCAAACAUAGGGAGGCUUACAGCACCUCCUCCCUUUGGUUCUCCUCUGACACUCCUUUUGUAAGAAAUAAAAGCUGAGGUAAAACGUCCGAAAGCAGCUGGUCUCAAAUAAGUUUGAUAGUUUUUGGUUUUUCUUGAAUCUUUUGGAUGAAAUGUAGGUAUUUAUGUAAAAACAACUGAAUUUGACAAAAGUAUUCUAUGCAUCUGCUGUGUAUAUAUUGAUAACAUGAAUAAUGACGUGUGGACUGUUUGUUUUUUCUGCAUCAGUUUGUUUUUUCCUCUCAGACAGAUUUACCUCACCUUCUUCUUAUGUAGCACUUCUUAGAUCUAUUUUUUCAUUUUUUCAGGAUGAAAUGCACUAAAUGUUUGUUUGUACUUCUUAUGUUCAAUCUUAGGAAAACGUCCAAAUAAAAGUUUCAUCAGUUGAAAAUCUGCAGAGGUUUUUUUUUAACUCUAUCUUCUGUAAUGCAACCCUUGUGCUAUCCUAGGCACUUUACCAUUGGGAGUGGGGUCAUCUAGACCCACUAGA